AUGUACCUCCAUAUCACUAUUUUACACAUUUUUUACUCAAUUCCUAAUAUUUGUAGUGUAUUUGUUAUAUCCGUUGAUGGUAGGGUGUUUGUCGGUGUACUGAAGGGGUUUGACCAACUGACGAAUCUGGUACUGUACAACUGUUUGGAGCGAGUUUAUCACCCCGACGCGCCAGUAGAGGAAUUGGAGCUUGGAAUCUACCUUUUACGCGGCGAUAACAUGUACCGUAUAUAUAUUACUUUAUUUAUUCAAAUUAUAAAUUUUUUAAAUUUAGUGUACUGGUUGGAGAAGUCGAUGUUGACGUUGAUAGAAGCAUGUCUGGCAUUGAAGCGUUGCCCAUAA